AGAUUGCAUAGCACGCGGGGAUCAUGUUGAAGGUGACAGGCAGUGCAAUGCCGGGACCUAUGAGUUUAUUAUUCCCGAACCCCGUCUUUGCUGCCUCCCGUGACGGGGAUCCACAGCCGUCCGCCCCCUCACUCCUCCUGGACGAGCUGUCUCUGUACACCGCUCCUCCUCCUCUACAGAAGCCACUACAUGUGCAGCCUGAAGCGGGUCACCUGGAGCAGAGUGUCGCCACCCUGCGGGAGUUCACGGAGCCAUACACGGGGUGGUGCAAGGACACCUACAGCACAAUUCAACCCAAAGUUCAUAGCGUGGUCCAGUGUGGGAGCGACACCUAUGCCUAUUUGAAGGACCCACCAAAGGACUUCUAUCCCCGGGCAGGAGUAGUCGGCUUCACCGGUGUCCUGGGGCUGUUCCUCGCCAGGGGCUCCAGGAUUAAAAGGUUUAUGUUACCGGCGGGCCUGAUGACGGUGAGCGCCUCCAUGUAUUACCCGGAGAAAGCUGCGACCAUCGUAAAGUCAGCCGGAGACUCCGUGUAUGACCGGGCUGUGCAGAGCUACGCUGCCCUGGAGAAGAUGGUGAAUCCUCAAAGUAAAUCUGGAAAAGACUCAGAAACUAAACCCUGAAGGGUCAAAGUGUGAUUCUGCAACAACUCAGCAAUACCAAAUCAUCCUGAGGGUCAAAGUGUGAUUCUGCAACAACUCAGCAAUCACCCUGAGGAUUGUAGUGUGAUUAUGCAAUAAAAAAAUCAGCCUUUUCCUGAUAUUGUAGAUUGACAUUUGCUGCACAGACAGGCACUAAUCUGUGUGACUUCCUCAUGCCCACUAUUUGCACUAAGAUUCACAUGUAACUCAGGCCGGGCAUGGCCUGUCACAAGAGCUUUGCAACUUGAAUAAUCAACGUAUGCUUCUGAUUUGAAUGUAUAUUUAUGUAGUGAAAUAUUAAAAAUCUACUCUCUUAUG